AGAAUAUAUGUCAAAAGAAAAUAAAGGUGGAUGUUGAGGAGGCAAGCAUAAAAAGAAAUUUGAUAAAGAUGGCAGAAGGCUAACAAUUAGUAACAAAGAUAGUAAAAAGAAAAUUAAGAAACAUAAAGGAUUUAUGGCAGUAGAGGCAAAAGUUGUGUUGCUAGGAGAGAGUGGCGUUGGGAAAACUGCAUUAAGUACCAAGUUUAGUGAAGGAACCUUCCCUGAAAAUACUUCUGUCACUCUUGGAGGGUCCUAUUGAAAAUAAGGAAUGUGUUUUAGACUCUGGAAAUACGGUAAUAUUGCAUAUUUGGGAUACAGCAGGAUCAGAAAAUUCGAGGGCGAUGCUUCCUCUGUAUUAUCGAGACUCUUCAGGAGGUCUGAUUACUUAUGAUAUCGGGUCAAGGAAAAGUUUUGAAAGUAUUAACUAUUGGGUAAAGGAGUUAACCCAGAAACUUACUCCAGGCACCUAUAAAAUUGCGAUAAUUGGGAAUAAAUGAGAUCUUCCUGAAGAAGAAAGGGAAGUUUCUCAUGAAGAAGCUUCUCAAUUCGCAAAGGACAAUGGAUUUUUAUUCUCAGAAGUUUCCGCAAAGACAGGGGAAGGAGUAGUGAGAAUAUUUGAGGAAUUAUCUGAGAAAAUAUUCCAAAUGAAAUCUGAUUAA